AUGGCGAUCUUCCAUAAUAUGAUUGAAGAGUCUAUGGAGGUGUUCAUGGACAAAUUCUCGGUAUUUGGUAACUCUUUCUCCCAUUGUUUGCUUAACUUAGAGCGUAUGCUUGCGCGCUGUGUAGAAGCUAACCUUGUGCUGAAUUGGGAAAAGUGUCAUUUUAUGGUGAGAAAGGGUAUCGUGCUAGGGCAUAAGAUUUCACAUACAGGGAUGGAGGUAGAUAGAGCUAAGAUAGAGACCAUUGCUAAGUUGCCACCCCCUAGCUCGGUUAAGGCUGUUAGGAGUUUCCUUGAUAAUGCAGGAUUCUAUAGAAGGUUCAUUAAGGAAUUUUCUAAGAUUGCUAGACCUUUGACUCAGUUGCUUGUAAAAGAUGUUCCAUUUGAAUUCAACAUUAAGAUCAAAGAUAAGAAGGGUGCGAAUAACUUGGCUGCAUAUCACCUUUCGAGAUUGGAGAACCCGAGCCUAGAUGCACUUGAUAAGAGGAAUAUUAAUGACAGCUUUCCAAAUGAGUACUUGUGUUCUAUUAAGGUAUCUUUAGAUAUCCCUUGGUCUUCUGAUUUUGCGAAUUACUUGGUUACAAAGGUCCUACCAAAAGCUAACCAUACUGCUAGAAAGGUUCUUGAUGCUGGAUUCUAUUGGCCGACCAUCUUUCGGGAUGCUAGAGCAUUCGUGCAGGUUUGUGAUGCAUGCCAGAGGUCAAGUAACAUCUCUACUCGUGAUGAGAUGCCCCAAAUCAGCAUUCAAGUGGUUGAGACUUUUGAUGUUUGGGGCAUUGACUUCAUGGGGCCGUUUCCUUCUUCUUUUGACAAUAAGUAUAUCCUUGUUGCUAUUGAAUAUUUCUCUAAGUGGCCAGAAGCGCAAGCUUUCCCGACUGAUGAUGCUAGAGUCGUUACUAAGUUCCUUAAGCGAUUGUUUGCUACGUUUGGCACACCUAGGGCACUAAUUAGUUAUAGAGGGACUCAUUUUUGUUUUACACUUUAUAGGCUUGUGUAUGGGAAACCUUGCCAUUUACCUGUUAAGUUAAAGCAUAGAGCCCUUUGGGCCUUAAGAACUUGUAAUUUUGAUGUUGAUUUUACAAGUAAACAGAGACUGUGGCAGCUCAAUGAGUUGGAUGAGUGGCACCAGCAAGCUUAUGGCAACUCAUUCAUCUACAAGGAGUGGACUAAGAAGUGGCACGACAAGCAAUUGAGGGGAUCCAAAGAGUUUCAUGUUGGAGACUGA